AGUCCCACAAGUCUGUCUGUACCCUUUCGUCCCUUCCCCUCUAAAACCUCAUCUUCCCCAUUUAUUUCUCCCAUUCUUUCUCCUUUACUCGAUAAUUAAUUAAUUAAUUAAUCCUCUCCGUAAUUAACUCUUAAAAUCCCCAAGCAAAUCAAGAUUUUCAUCAUCAUCAUCAUCAUUCAUUUCCAACACACGCAUGCCCUUAUUCUCUGAUAGUGAAUGCAUAGAUACACUUUCAUUGAUAAUCAAUGGCAGUUCGGACUCACCAUCCUUCAAGAUUCCUCUUCGUCAACAAUAACGGACAAGAAGAUAAUAAUUGCUCGUUGCAGCCUCAGGACACUCAUUUCACUUUGAUCAAAGCUGGGGUAGUUGAUUCAAGAAAGCGAUCGAGAGACGUUUCGUCGGUGGGUUUUCUUCAGUUCUCAUCCGUGACUACUCCUAUGAACCCUCCACCGCCUAAACCGCCGCAAGUUAUCGAUAUGAGGGAGUUGUUGCAGAAUCAUAACCGGAAAACGCUUAACGUGGUUUCCACUGGUCUUCGUUUAACUCAUGAGCAGUCACAGAAUCAAGAACAGCUGCUCUCGCCUUCUUCUAUGCUUCCGGGAGAUCUCGCCGGAGAAUCAAAACGUCAAAGAGAUGAACUUGACAGUUUCAUUCAAACUCAGGGUGAGGAGCUUCAGAGUAAGUUAGCGUUGUACGGAGAAAGGCGUUAUGUAGAGCUAUUAUACGCAGCAGAGGAGUUAGCGGGACGGAGGGUGAGAGAAAAAGAAGCAGAGCUAGAGAAAGCCACGCGCCGUCACGCUGAGCUAGAGGCGCGUGCGGCUCAGCUUACGGAAGAGGCGCGAACGUGGCAGUUAAGAGCUGCGACGCGGGAAGCCGAGGUCUCUUCGUUACAGGCUCAUAUUCAAAAAGUCAUAGCGAGCCAAGCUACGGCGGAGAAACAGAGUGCGAUCGGCGGCGAGACGGAGGAAGCGGAGGACGCUGAGUCGGUCUUCGUGGAUCCGGAGCGGAUCGAAUUGAUCGGACCCUGUUGCAGUAUUUGCCGACGGAAUUCGACGACGGUGAUGGCAUUGCCGUGUCGACAUUUGGUUCUUUGUAAAGGAUGCGACGGCGGCGGCGAUGUGCGUGUCUGUCCGAUUUGCCUCGCCGUUAAGAAUUUCGGUGUCGAAGUUCUAUUUUCUUGAUUAUGAUUUAUUAUUAAUGGGCCCGUUAGGCCCAUGCG